AAUUAAGUGAAGAAUAUCCUAGAUUACACUCGAAUUGUUUGAUUUUCUCAGAUUCAUCACCUAUAAAUAUCACACAUACUUUCUUUAGUUCAUCAUCGUCAAGUCAUCAAGCAAAUCAAACACUAGAAUCAAAUCAAAAAUUAUAAAUAUCCUCUGUUUUCUUCAAACAACAAAUGUCUCUUAUUCCAAGCUUCUUUGGUGGUCGGAGGAGCAAUAUCUUCGACCCAUUUUCCCUUGACUUAUGGGAUCCAUUCCCAAUUUCAACCAACACUCCAUACUCUGCCCCUGAAAUCUCUGACUUCGCAAAUGCAAAAAUUGAUUGGAAAGAGACUCCACAAUCUCACGUCUUCAAAGUGGAUGUUCCGGGGAUCAAGAAAGAGGAAGUGAAAGUCGAAGUGGAAGAAGGAAGGAUUUUACAGAUUAGGGGUGAGAGAAACAGAGAGAAAGAGGAGAAGAACGAUCAGUGGCUCCGUAUGGAGAGAAGCAGCGGUAAGUUUAUAAGGAGAUUCAGGUUGCCGGAGAAUGCAAAAACAGGGGAAAUAAAGGCAUCGAUGGAGAAUGGAGUGCUGACAGUGACUGUUCCAAAAGAAGAAGAGAAGAAGAAACCUGAGGUGAAGGCCAUUGACAUUUCUGAUUAGAUACAAGUGCAGUGCAGAUCAAAAGUGCUUUUGUCAAUAAUGUUUGUUUUCCUAAGUAUUUCGGUUUGUUGGGAAAUUAAUCUGAAUUAUGUGCAUCUGUAUGUCUAAGUUGUAAACAAAAAAAUGUUCUGAGAAUUUAAACUUUUAAUGAAUAAUCUCCUUUCUCUUUUUCA